GAGUCCCCCCCCGGGCGGCGCACGACGCCAGCCGACGGAACACCCCCACGGACAUGGAGUCCUCCAUCGCGGUCGUGGCGGUGCCGUUCCCGGCGCAGGGCCACCUGAACGCGCUGCUGCACCUGUCGCUGCAGCUCGCGUCGCGCGGCCUGCCCGUCCAUUACGCGGCGCCCGCGGAGCACGCCCGCCAGGCCCGCGCGCGCGUGCACGGCUGGGGCGCCGACGACGCCCUCCGCGCCGUCCGGUUCUACGACCUCCCCAUCGCCGCGUACGCCUCGCCGCCACCCGCCGACGCCGCCGGCUUCCCGUCCCACCUCAUGCCGCUGUGGGAGGCCUUCACGGCCGGCGCGCCCGCGCCGCUCGAGGCGCUCCUCGGCGCGCUCUCCGCGUCCCACCGCCGCGUGGUCGUGCUCUACGACAUCGCCAACGCGUUCGCCGCCGAAGCGGCCGCGCGGCUGCCCAACGGCGAGGGGUUCGGACUCGUCUGCACCUCGCUGUCGACCCUACUCGGGCGGACGGACGCCGGAAGCCGCCUCAUGCGUGAGCGCGGCGUCGACUGCGUCCCCAUCUGCACCUACAUGACGGAGGAGUUCAUCGAGUACGCGAGCAAACGGGCGAGAUCGGGGCAGACGAUACCUUCCAGCGCCGGCGUCCUCACCAACACCUGCCGGGCGCUCGAGGGCGAGUUCAUCGAUCUCUUCGCGGAGGAGCUGGCCGUUUCCGCUGCCGGCAAGAAGCUCUUCAACGUCGGCCCCUUGAACCCGGUGCUCGACGCGGGUUCAUCCGACCAGAGAAGCAACAAGCGCCACGACUGCCUAGACUGGCUGGACAAGCAACCGCCGGCGACUGUGCUCUACGUGUCGUUCGGCUCGACGACGUCGCUGCGAGGCGAGCAAGUCACAGAGCUUGCCGCGGCGCUGCUCGAUAGCAAGCAACGGUUCGUCUGGGUGCUGCGCGACGCUGAUCGCGGCAACAUAUUCACGGACCGCGGCGAGAACCGGCACGCGAAGCUCCUCUCCGAGUUCACCGAGCAGACCGGGGGCAGGGGAGUGGUGAUCACCGGGUGGGCGCCGCAGCUAGAGAUCCUGGCACAUGGCGCCACGGCGGCGUUCUUGAGCCACUGCGGCUGGAACUCUACCAUCGAGAGCAUGAGCCACGGGAAGCCCAUCCUGGCGUGGCCCAUGCACUCCGAUCAGCCGUUGAACGCUGAGCUGGUGUGCAAGCACCUCAAGGCAGGCAUCCUAGUGAGACCGAUGGCAAAGCAAAGGGAGGUGGUACCCAGGGCGACCAUACGGGAGGUGAUUGAGAAGAUAAUGGUCUCUGAUGAAGGGCACCAGAUCCAGCAGCGUGCAAUGGCGCUAGGCGAGGCCGUCCGUUCGUCGGCUGCAGUAGGCGGGGCAUCGCGUAGGGACCUUGAAGAUUUCAUUGCUCACAUCACUAGGUGAUCCGACAGUGCCGGGUGGUAAAACGUUUUCUGAUUCGUUUUUCUGUAGCACCUUCUAUUUUCAAUUCAAUUUAAUUCAUGCUAUGAAUUCCCAAGUAAAAAUGUGAGCUUGAGCUUUAGAAAUUUAAGAAAAUUCUAGCUGUAUGACCGGCAAA